AAACGAAGAGAGGAGGUGCCACACUUAUCCAUGUUAUCCAGGCUCAUGAGAAAAAAGAGGAAACAAUGAAAGUGAAAGAGUUCAUUUAGUUUUUCCAGACUCCAUUAUGAGGAGAGGACCGAGGGCUGACGACUGAAGACUGAAGCAGGGCUGACUUCAGAUCAGAAGAUGAUUGACUGUGAGGAGGAAGAGGAGGACAGAGCAGAGUCUCUAGUCUCUGACUGUCUGACUAUGAAGAGUGACCGGUCCAUAGAUCGUCCUCCAGACUUCAGUACUGAACCUGGACCCUCAGAGUCAAAAGUUCAGUCCAGACGGAGAGCAGAGUCUCCAGUACCCAGCUGUCUGUCUGUGAAGAGUGACUGGUCCAUGCCCAGACCUCCAGGCUUCAGUAAUGAACCUGGACCCUCAGAGUCAAAGAAGAGGAGUGAUGUCUCUGUGGAGGAGCAGCUGUCCUGCUGUGCUUUGUGUCAGGACGUCCUGAAGGAUCCAGUCUCUACCAGCUGUGGACACUGGUUCUGCAGACAGUGCAUCACCUCAUACUGGGACCAGUCUGCUUCAUCAGGAGACUCCUCCUGUCCCCAGUGUGGACAAAGAUCCAGAACCAGAGCUGGACUGCAGCCAGCCGGUCAGACCAGCACUGUACCAACAGAUAGAGGUCUGCAGGAGGUUGUAGAUGAACAUAAGAUCAGUCUGAGGAGGAGAUGUGAAUGUGUGACUGAAGGAACUGAUGAAACAGGAAGUGGAACCCUCCUCAACAGGAUCUACACUGAGCUCUACAUCACAGAGGGACAGAGUGAAGAGGUUAAUACCCAACAUGAGGUGAGGCAGCUUGAGACAGCUUCCAAGAAGAAGACCCUCCAUGACGCUCCAAUCAAGUGCCAGGACAUCUUUAAAGCCUUACCUGACCAACGGGGACACAUCAGAGUCGUUCUGACGAACGGCGUCGCUGGCGUUGGAAAAACCUUCUCAGUGCAGAAGUUCACUCUGGACUGGGCAGAGGGCUUGGAGAACCAAGAUGUCAGUCUGGUGGUUCUGCUUUCGUUCAGGGAGCUGAACUUGAUCAGAGAUGAGCAGUACAGUCUUCUCAGGCUGCUCCGUGUUUUCCAUCCAACAUUACAGAAGGUCACAGCAGAGAAGCUCGCUGUCUGUAAAGUUCUGUUCAUCUUUGACGGCCUGGAUGAAAGCAGACUUUCACUGGAAUUCAAGAACAACGAGGUUGUGUCUGAUGUCAUCCAGAAGUCAUCAGUCAACGUGCUGUUGACAAACCUCAUCCAGGGGAAUCUGCUUCCCUCAGCUCUCAUCUGGAUAACUUCCCGACCUGCAGCAGCCAAUCAGAUCCCUCCUGCAUGUGUUGACAGGGUAACAGAAGUACGAGGCUUCACUGACGCCCAGAAGGAGGAGUACUUCAGGAGGAGAGUCAGUGAUGAAGAGCUGUCCAGCAGAAUCAUCUCACACAUCAAGACAUCCAGGAGCCUCCACAUCAUGUGUCUAAUCCCAGUCUUCUGCUGGAUCACUGCUACAGUUCUGGACCACAUGUUGACUACAGACCAGAGAGGAGAGCUGCCCAAGACCCUGACUGACAUGUACUCACACUUCCUGUUGGUUCAGACAAAGAGGAAGAAGCAGAAGUACGGUGAGGGACGUAAGACGAGUCCACAGGAGCUGACGGAGGCUGACAGGGAAGUUCUUCUGAAGCUGGGGAGGCUGGCGUUUGAACAGCUGGAGAAAGGAAACAUUAUGUUCUACCAAGAAGACCUGGAGCGUUGUGGUCUGGAUGUCACAGAGGCCUCGGUGUACUCAGGAGUUUGUACAGAGAUCUUCAAAAGAGAGAGUGUGAUCUUCCAGAAAACAGUCUACUGCUUUGUUCACCUGAGCAUUCAGGAGUUUCUGGCUGCAGUCUACAUGAUCCACUGUUACACAAACAGCAACACAGAGGUACUGAAGGACUUCCUGGGAAAAAGAUAUGUUCAUUUAACCCUGGAUGACUUCCUGGAGAGAGCAAUGAAGAAAUCCCUUAAAAGUAAAAAUGGCCACCUGGACCUGUUUGUUCGCUUCCUUCAUGGCCUCUCUCUGGAGUCCAACCAGAAGCUCUUAGGAGGUCUGCUGGGUCAGACAGACAACAGUCCAGAAACCAUCCAGAGAAUCAUCAACAACCUGAAGGAGAUGAACAGAGGUAAUACCUCUCCUGACAGAAGCAUCAACAUCUUCCACUGUCUGACGGAGAUGAACGACCACUCGGUACAUCAGGAGAUCCAAGAGUUCCUGAAGUCAGAGAACAGAUCAGAGAAGAAACUCUCUGAGAUCCACUGCUCAGCUCUGGCCUACAUGCUGCAGAUGUCAGAGGAGGUUCUGGAUGAGUUGGACCUGAAGAAGUACAAGACAACACCAGAGGGACGACGGAGACUGAUUCCAGCUGUGAGGAACUGCAGAAAAGCUAAACUUUAUGGCUGUGAACUCUCAGAUACUCACUGUGAAGUUGUGGCCUCAGCUCUGAAGUCCAACCCCUCCCAUCUCAGAGAGCUGGACCUGAGUGACAACUACUACAUGAAGGAUUCAGGAGUGAAGCUGCUUUCUGCUGCACUGAAGAGUCCAAACUGUAGACUGGAGACUCUGAGAUUGAGGGGCUGCAGUUUGUCAGAGAUCAGCUGUGCUUCUGUGGCCUCAGCUCUGAAGUCCAACCCCUCCCAUCUGAGAGAGCUGGAUCUGAGAAACAACAAGCUGAAGGAUUCAGGAGUGAAGCUCCUCUGUGGUUAUCUGGAGAGUCCACACUGUAGACUGGAGAUUCUGAAAUUGUGGAACUGCAGUUUGUCAGAGAUCAGCUGUGCUCCUCUGGCCUCAGCUCUGAAGUCCAACCCCUCCCAUCUGAGAGAGCUGGAUCUGAGCUUAAACAAGCUGCAGGAUUCAGGAGUGAAGCUCCUGUGUGGUUUUCUGGAGAGUCCACACUGUAGACUGGAGACUCUGGGAUUGUGGGGCUGCAGUUUGUCAGAGAUCAGCUGUGCUUCUCUGGCCUCAGCUCUGAAGUCCAACCCCUCCCAUCUGAGAGAGCUGGAGCUGGUUGGAAACAACCUGAAGGCUUCAGAUGUGAAGCAGCUGUCUGAUCUGGUGGAGAGUCCACACUGUAGUCUGGAGACUCUGAGAUGGAAGAGGUGAUCUCUAACCACCAUCAUCCCUGUGUGUUCCUCUGGACCUGACAGAGUAUCAUCAGUGUAUCUGUCCUUCUGCACAGUCUCUGCAGACACACUGAGACUCCUCCACUCCUUCUGCUCCACACUCCACCACCUCCUCCACCUGGACCUGGGUUUCACUUUGUCUUUAUUCAUUCAUAUAUUCUGAACCCAAAGUGCCUCUGCAGAUUAGUUCUGUUGAUGACAACAUAACUGUUUAUUAAGUAAUUAUGAGAUCCCUCGUCCUCAAAAUGUAAUCCCU